GUUUGUUUUCCUGGCAUUAUAGUUGUCCUUUAAAGCAUCAUUUAAAAAAAAUGUUUCAAAAUCUGUCAUUUGCAGAACUGUUUGGGGCAUAUUUGCUAAAUUGGAAUCUGCAGAAAAUUUAAGAAAUUUGUAAAUUUUAGGUUGAAAUAAAAAAAACUGGGAAAAAAUGUUUACAAUUACUGUAAUGUCUGAGAGUGAUGGGUGCGAUCCUGCACAAAUGAUCUGAACAUGGCACACCGCUGGGGAUGGCCAGCUUCAUGCGUGGUUCAGUUUCUCGUAAUGGUUUAUGUUUUUGGUAAGAGAACAUACAUGUUCUUUCUUGUAAAUUUGACUCUCUGUGUUUGCAGUUAUCCCAGUAUGACUCCUAAACACAAAGAUACCAACACGGCCGGUAACGACGUCUUCCACAAAUUCUCUGCCUACAUCAAGAACCAGCUUAGUUCCCAGGACAGCCGUAAGUAGUGCAUCCCGCACCUCCUGGGGGGCUUUUAUUAAAGUGACAGCAAACAUGCACUGUACCUCUCCAAUGUUCCCAAGUCCGAUGCAGCGUUCAUACCAAAAAUGCCAUUAUCUUGUCUGCUGUCCACUUUCGGACGGCCAGAGAUUGAGCUUGGUUGAACUCAUUGUGCCACGAUUCCAUACUCUGUCUCGGGUUAAACCCCGGUGGAAGCCUGCCUGUUAGUGGAACGGGAUUGAGGUAGCAACUAGGAAAGCGUCAAUAAAGAAAAUCUCAACUAGAUCCAGCUAAUAAUUGGAUUAUUAUAACCAGGCUGAGAGCGUGCGUGUGUGUAGUAGGGGGUCAGCCCAGGAAUCAUCAGAAUGACUGCAUGGGGGCCAAGUUUUGGGUGUUGGAGACAAUUCUGAGUUUUCUCAAUCUAUGCAAAACAGACCAGAGAGAGGGGACCAUACCUAAAGCUUCACAGCACUAUAACCACAACAAUGAGCUGUAAUCAUACAAUAAGCUGUAGUGGUUAUGGUGCUGAUUAUGACUUUUUGCAAAUUGUUUAUUUCACUUACUGUUUUAUCUUAAGAGAACUGUGGCAUUCAGUAAUUUCAAUGUUCAGUUUAUAGAGAGCUGCAGGGUUCAGAGAGCACUCUAAUGACAGCUAAGGUGUUCACUCCCUAUGAAAGCUAUGGAGAGCUGCGGAGUUCAGUUCCCCGUACAAUCUACGGAGAGCUGCGGGGUUCCCCGUACAAUCUACAGAGAGCUGCGGGGGCUCCCCGUACAAUCUACAGAGAGCUGCGGGGGCUCCCCGUACAAUCUACAGAGAGCUGCGGGGGCUCCCCGUACAAUCUACAGAGAGCUGCGGGGGCUCCCCGUACAAUCUACAGAGAGCUGCGGGGGCUCCCCGUACAAUCUACAGAGAGCUAGGGAGAUACAAUCUACAGAGAGCUGCGGGGGCUCCCCGUACAAUCUACAGAGAGCUGCGGGGGCUCCCCGUACAAUCUACAGAGAGCUGCGGGGGCUCCCCGUACAAUCUACAGAGAGCUGCGGGGGCUCCCCGUACAAUCUACAGAGAGCUGCGGGGGCUCCCCGUACAAUCUACAGAGAGCUGCGGGGUUCAGUUUACAAUCUACAGAGAGCUGCGGGGUUCAGUGUACAAUCUACAGAGAGCUGUGGUUCCAAAACCCAGUCUGUAGGUUUAGAACACAUCAGAUGUGUAACUCAGUCUAUACAGAGGUAUUUAUUUUAUUGCGUUAACGAAAGUGAAAGUCUGGGUUCUCUGUGCAAGACCUCUUACAUCCGCAUCAUGCAAGCGGAACUAGUGUUUUGGAUGCAAACUGUCAGUUAAAGUUCAGAUUCCACGUUAUCAUCAGAAAUGCAGUAGCAAUUAAUAAAAAAAUCCUAUAUAAAAAUGAUUCUCAAUGUAAGCUUUAGCAGUCUAUACCAUUAGUCCAUAGUACCACCAGUACUUCAAAAUACAAUUCUUUUUUCGUUAAUAAAAGGGAUUAAUAUUCUAAUAAUAUAUUGACAUUAAACAAUAGAGCCAUUAUUUACAAAUUCAGCAACACAUGGACCCCAGUCCGAGUAAAAUAUCUAUCCCAUAAAAACACCAACAACACGUGUACAAAACUACCACCCAGUUAAAUCAUCUAGUUCAAAUAAACACCCAUUCCUUAGCAAUAUUACUUUAUCAUAUGAAAAAAAGGAAACGUAACACAUGCCACAACUUAGCCAAUCACAUCUACCAUACACACAAAACACAAUCUGCAACACACCGACCAAUAACAAAGUGCAAAAUGUGAGCACAUAAACCAUGUAUACAAAUACAUCAUGCAAUGUAACGUUAAAUCCUGGUAUCGGUCUUCCGUUUAAAGAGUCUCAUUAGAGAGAAACUAGAUUUCUACCCAUUAAACCAGGGUCAAUUCAAUGUGCUGCCCACACUGAAAGCUUACUGGCACAAUUCCAGCUCUAUAGGUCUAGGGCUAUAACUACCACGAUCUAAGGACAGUAUAGGACUGUAGUUAAAUAACUGGAAACAUACCAUCUCUUGACCCCGAUGUAAAUCUGGAAUGUGUGGCAUGAUUUCUCUAUUCACAGAAACUGACAAAAAACUCUUACUCCCCAAUUGUAGACGUUGAGAAUAAUUUCCUGCGCUCACUGGUGCGGUUAGACAAAUACCUCAAGACACCAUUGCCAUACGAAGAGAAGAUGAAUCCCGAACUGAAAGUCUCGAGCAGGAAGUUCCUGGAUGGCGAUAAACUGACGCUAGCAGACUGCAACCUCUUACCCAAACUGCACAUCAUCAACGUGAGUGACUCAACCUUCCAGUUAAGCACUGCAGCGGAAAACUUUGCCCUUAUCUUGCAUUCUGCUUUUUUAAAUUGUUGAAGGAAAAAAAAUGGUAAAAAUUAAGUUAAACGGACAGUCCAGGCACCAAAACAGCUUCAUCUAAAAGAAGUUGUCAUGGUGCCAGAAGGACCUCAGAGGCCAUCUGACCUCAAGACGUUAAACCAUUCUUGAACGGUUUAACCCCAACAGCGAUGUCUGCUACCUUCCCCGGCUGAUCUGGCUUCUGAAAUUUCAGAUUCAGGAAGUGCGGAGUGCCGCCAGGCAAGAGUGCUGCUGAUUGGCUGAGAGUGGUCAGCUGACAUCUUUUCCAAGCCGGUUUUGUGAAUGGGGAGCCACUCAGUUAGAUGAAGUUGUAUAGUAGUUACAAUCCGUUUGAAUCUCACAGUCACAACUAGAAAGUAUCUAAAUCCUACUGAAUUUAGUGAAUAAACAUAGGUUUUGAAUCUCUGUUAAUGUUAUUUGCAUUGUAAACCAUCAAUCCAAUUUAUGUAAAAAACAACCAGGACUGCUACAAAUAUACUGGUACAUUAUUAAACGGACACUCUAGAAUCUUUUCAUGUCAUUGAAGUGGUUAUAGCCCUCUGGCCCUGUACCUCCAUUCAGCAUUGACUCGUUUUUGAGCAGUUUAACAUUAAAUAAGGCUCCCUGGUUUUCCACAGCUCCACCCCCGCAGGAUUUGUGGCUAAGGCAUAGAUUACACACUUCCUUUUACACACACUAAUUCAUAUAUGCAAUGGGCGCUGUGAUAGGCUGAAUGUAGUCAGCUGACACUCUAAGCCAAUAGCAGCCACCCAUUGCUACUCAGAUUAAUGCUUCCUCAUUAGCCCAACCAGCACAGAAGGAAGGGGCUUCUGGGGACUCUCAUUGAAGUGAAAACCCACCAUUUAGGUGCCUUGCCACCCUCCCCUUAGUCCUCUCAGAAUGGGUUAAAACUCACCCUAUUUCCAGCUCUCCACGGGUCUGUCGGCGCUGGCCACACCCCCUUGGUGACAUCAUCAAAAUUGCAAGCAUUGGAUUGGCUAAAAUCGGCAAGAGGGCAGGCCAUUGAAUCAACGCAUAUCUAUGAGGAAAAUUCAGCGUCUCCAUGCAGAGCGUGGGGACGCUGAACGGGAGGGCUGCCUACUGUGCAGCAGUGCCCCAGGAAGCACCUCUAGUGGCCAUCUGAGGAGUGGCCACUUAGAGGUAUUCCUAGGGGCAAUGUAAACACUGCCUUUUCUCUGAAAAGGCAGUGUUUACAUGAAAAUGCCUGACGGCAAUGAUUAUACACACCAGAACAACUACAUUAAGCUGUAGUUGUUCUGGUGACUAGAGUGUCCCUUUAAAAACAGCUUAAUGCUGAAUGUAAGGAUGGCACCAGAGCACUCCAGACACCAUAACCACUUCAAUGAGAUAACCCAGUUACAGUGCCCCUUUGAGUAUUAUUAUUUUUUAAACCCUGCACAGAUUACAAAAGACAAGGAGAUUCAAAAGCAUGUUACAACCUCUACAGAUAGUUUAAAGCAUAAUGUUCUUUAUUGAUAAUUUAGCCAAAGGAAGAAAAAAAGAAAAGUGAAACCUAAAAGAAUUUCACCUGCCUGCUCACCUAGUCUGUCUCUUUCCUUCUACAUUAAACAGAUUGUGUGCAAACAUUACCGCAAGUUUGAGAUUCCAGCGGAACUUAUGGGUCUGAGAAGGUAUCUCGACAACGCCGCACAGCUCAAGGAUUUUACGUAUACCUGUCCAAACGAAAAGGAAAUCCUUCUGUCUUACAGUUCCGUGGUCAAGCCGAUGAAUCAGUGAGAUUGGAUGUGGCUUCCCCUUCUCCAAAAAUGUGGUGCAACAGGAGUGAAAGAAAAUGCAGCGUUGUGAUCAAUUUAAAAACUAUUUCAGCGGAACUGCUCGGUCCUCCCACUACUUGUCCAUCAGCCAUCAGCCUGGAGGCUAAGCGGCUGCUGAAAGAAAUGACAUAAUACAUGAAAUAAUGCACACCAUAAACAAACAAACAAACAAACAUUCUUAUACACACCUAAAGUAAAAGCCAAAAAAAAAAAAAAUCUACAGGUAUCUACCCUCCAGGAACUAGCGAACAAUCCGGCCGUAUUGUCACACGAGAUGAAGUGGACAUAUUCCCUUAUGCAGAAGUAUAUUUGAAGAGAAAGGUAGACGCAGCAGAAUUCUAGAUCUGGAGAGAAUCCUGCCCUGCCCACAACGCAUUUUACAUUCAACUAAUACCACAAAGUGCAUGUCUCAUAUCACUGUCAUUUAAUGUCCCGCAUACCCCAGCUGACCAGUUUAAAACCCAUCAAUAUCUUGUAGACAUGACACAUAAUAUUACAUAUUGCUAAAUAAAUAUAUAAAAAAUCCAGUUCAUUCUCCUUCACAUAAAAUAAAAUUCUUUAAAACCUAGCAGUAUUUCCAAUACAAAUUAAAAGUAUUCAGUGCAGAAAAAAAAAGCCAAAGGGGGGGGAAUUUUACAAUGGCAAAAUGAGUAGGUUCAUUAAUAAGUUCAUUCUUUCAAAUUUUCCUUUUCAAAUCAGAAAGAAGAGGUAAACACCCACCAGGAAACCUUCAUACGAUGUGAUCAAACAUGGCAGGGGUUACAUUUAUUUAAUGACCGUUUAUUAUUAUAUAAGCUUUACUAUCCUUGUUAAUUUAAAAGUGUCAUGAUUUUUCAUGCAUUUAACAAUUUUUGCUGUAAAUAAAGCUUUUUUUUUGUCAUUAAA